CCCUUCUCUAUCUUCUUUGUAAUAAGCCAAAAACCUCUUUCUCUUUCUCUUAACACCUCUCUCUCUCUCUCUCUCUCUCUCAAACUAAAACCAAACCAAAUCCACACAAACCUAUACCUAUAGCUUCUCCAAACUAGUGUAAUCAAUUUUCAAUAUUUCAUGGAAGUGAAAGCAAGUGUAACUAGCAACUCAAACAUCACCACCAUGCUCCAAAGUGAUGAUGAUGAGAUGGAUCUUCGAAGAGGUCCAUGGACUGUUGAUGAAGAUCUUGCUCUCAUCAAUUACAUUGCAACUCAUGGUGAAGGUCGUUGGAAUACCCUUGCUCGUUCAGCUGGACUCAAACGAACUGGGAAGAGCUGUAGAUUGAGAUGGUUAAAUUAUCUUCGUCCAGAUGUUCGUCGAGGUAACAUCACACUCGAAGAACAACUUUUGAUUCUCGAGCUUCAUAGUCGUUGGGGAAAUCGUUGGUCGAAAAUUGCUCAAUAUUUACCUGGAAGAACGGAUAAUGAGAUCAAGAAUUAUUGGAGAACUCGUGUUCAAAAACACGCAAAACAACUCAAAUGUGACGUCAAUAGCAAGCAAUUCAAAGAUGCCAUGCGUUAUCUUUGGAUGCCAAGACUAGUGGAGCGGAUCCAAGCCGCCGCGUCCACUUCAGCUGCCCCGACCACCACCACUAACAACGAUUCUUCAAAUGUUACAACAAUGGUCGCUCCGAACAAUACGACGUACAACCUUAAUAACAAUUUUGAGGUUUAUAGCUCGAAUGCGAACAUGAUGUUAGCUCCAACCAACAUGAACACCAACAAUUUAUGUAGUUCGCAUGUAACACAAAGUUUUACACCGGAAAAUAGCAGCAAUGGCGCGACGGCCGCGUCGUCCGAUUCUUUCGGGACACAAGUUUCGCCUAUCUCGGAUUUAACUCAAGAUUAUUACAAUGUCCCGGUCGGCGGUAACAACAAUAUGAACCCUAAUUCUGAUUAUUACCAACAAGCCCAACAAUUUGGAUUUUCAGAUUGCAUCACUAGUCCAUCAGGUUUGUUCCCUCAAAUGGAUUUCAAUAAUUCCAUGGAACCAAACACACCUUGGAUUCAAGGGGACACAUCCGACAAUUUCUGGAAUGUUGAAAACAUGUUGCUCUUUCAACAACUCAAUGACAACAUGUGAAAAUAAUGAAAGAAAAAAAAAGAGUGUUAUUAACUAUUAUGAAAUAUAUUUUACAGAUCAUGAUAAAGUAAUAGAAGUAGAAAAACGAGGAAAUAGAAUAAAUUCAUAUGUAGGACACACAUGUAGAUUUAAAAAUAAGGAAUAUAAGAACAAAGAAGAAAAAUGUAAAUUAAUUAGUACGUGUUAUAAGUUUGUAGAUUUUUUUAUUUUUUUCCUUUUUGUUCUUUAAUUUUCCUUAUUUUAAUUAGAGGGGUGUCGGAAAUUAAAUAUUUGUAAUUUAAGCUUCCUUUAUGUAAGAUUUCAUUCUUUGAAAUUAUUAAACUCAUUCUAUUUAAAUUUUCUAUUAUAUUUUGAUUCU